AGUAUUAAUAACGUAUACAGACAGAGGGAAAUAAAAAAACAAAGUUUUAUUUUUCUUCGAGUCGUAAAGAAAGGAAUCAGUUGCUCAAAGUAGGUAAAAAGGACUCCGACGGUGGGAAUCGCAACCCUAAAUCGGCCGAUGUCAUCAUCCGGGCAACAGCAGUUCCGGUACACACAGACGCCGUCGAAAGUUCUUCACCUCCGGAAUUUGCCAUGGGAUUGCAGCGAUGAAGAGCUUGUAGAGCUUUGCAAGCCCUUUGGUAAAAUUGUCAACACCAAGUGCAACGUCGGGGCCAACCGCAACCAAGCCUUUGUCGAAUUCGCAGACCUUAAUCAGGCAAUUAAUAUGGUUUCAUAUUAUGCCUCGUCUUCAGAGCCUGCUCAAGUUCGUGGCAAGACUGUAUACAUCCAGUAUUCUAACAGGAAUGAGAUUGUCAAUAAUAAGAGUCCUGGAGAUGUUCCAGGAAAUGUUUUGCUGGUAACUAUUGAGGGUGUUGAAGCUGGUGAUGUCAGCAUCGAUGUGAUCCAUUUGGUGUUUUCAGCCUUUGGUUUUGUGCAAAAGAUUGCUACUUUUGAAAAGGCAGCAGGUUUUCAGGCAUUGAUUCAAUUUAGUGAUGUUGGGACAGCAUCUGCUGCUAGAGAGGCACUGGAUGGGAGAAGUAUACCAAAGUACCUGCUUCCAGAACAUGUUAAUCAUUGUCACUUGCGCAUCUCAUACUCUGCACACACGGACCUUAAUAUCAAAUUUCAAUCUCAUCGGAGCAGGGUUUAGUGAAGCUCGGCAGCUAAAACACAGAUGUGUUUGACAUGGCUUCGUAGUAAUUUUCUUUAUCUCAAAAUAGUGGCUAACUGCAUUCCUUUCAUUUCUCAUUUUAGAUGACCAUGUGAAGAUUUUUGUUUUUCUAUUGAGUUCGUGGUUUGGAGAAUGCUUUUCAAUUGUUUGGGAUCACAAACUGUGUAUUCAUUUCAAAUAUUUGCUUGAAUGCUACUUCUUGUUAUAACUAGUGUUAAGUUUCGUUGACAUUAUUGCUGAGUUGUCUGUUAGUCCUUAAUGCGUAUAUGUGGAAGUCAAGUUGAUAUAAGAUUUUAUCUUGUUUCAAUUGUAUUUUUGUUGAAGUCUUGUUUCAUUUUUAUUUGUCCCGAUCCUCUCAUUUUCCCUUUAUAUUUUAUUGGAUGAAUGGCUGAAUGUUGGUUUUUAUUUGUAUCUGAAGUCACUUGUCAUGGGUGUCUAGUUAGCAGAAAAACCUGGGACAUUAGUUAGAUGUAUAUAUUUUUCUUUAUAAGAAUGUCUGGAGAGUAUGUUUAUGUGUGUCCUUGGUGACUCAUAGUAUCUAACCCAAGUUUUCUAUUUGUUAGAUUUAUUUAGCUCUCCGAUCUUGGAUAUUUCCAUGUAGGGCUGUGAGGCUAAAAUUGUUAGCUAUGGUAUUUUGUGGGUUAUGUUGUACAAAGGGACAUUGCUUUAGCUGCAAGACGUUACAAUCUGUCCUUGAAAAUUCAACUGCAAUACUUGCUUUAGCAUUGGAUUCUGAUAUUUUAGGCUGUACUGAUUGUAAGCUGACAUU